AUGGAUACGGAUCAACAACAGCAGCAGCAUCAGCAGUAUUUGCAAACCACUGCCAAUGGAUGGAUCAUCAGAGAAACUGCCAGCAUAAUGCCGCCUCGCUGUGGCUUCGAAGAUGGGUGUCGCAGAGGGUGUCCUUCCGGCAAGCACCACUAUUCCCAUCAACCGGACCAGCGAGGCCAUCGCACCGAUAGAUCUUCCCGUGAGUCGUUAAAAAACGGCUUCAAAGAAACGCGAAAUCUUCGAGGAAACACAAGAAGCAUUACUCUAACGGCAUGCUGCGUAGGGCUGGUUUUACUGAAUCUACUGGCAUUGACCGACUCAUCACCGAUGGCGAGUAAAUCCAGCACAGGAUCUAUCGGUGAACCGCACUGGCAACCCGUACUGCUAACCGGGACCCCGAGUACGGAGAAGGAGAUUUUUGGCGCAGAUGAUCAACGAUUGCAUCCGUCCAAAGAAUUCUCACACUACAGUAGAAUAGCGCCGGAACUGCGUCACGGGCGGCAUAAAAGAUCCUUAACGAAUACGCGAGAAGAGAAUGGACUUCAUGCGUCGCACAUAACUUUAAGAUAUACAUUAAACGAAGCUAAUGUGAUAUUAGAUUUACAAUUGGACGAACGUCUUCUACCGAACAGCCACUUCCUGAGCUACCAGCUGCCAAACGGAACCGGCAAACAUGUCAUUCGUUACAACCGUCCGCAGGAUGUCGAUCUUUGCCACUACCGGGGCAAAAUACGAGGCAAACCAGACUCUCGAGCGGCAAUAUCUACGUGCGGCGACACCGAGGGCAUUCGGGGAGUCAUAAUAGAUAGUGACGAUACGUAUUACAUCGAAAGUGCGCUUUCGCCCGCUGCAAGCAGGGACACCGUAGCUGAUCGAGCAAGCAUCGACCUCGGAGAGCACUUUAUUUACCGACAUGCGGAUCUUGUUUCCAAGGAGACGACCGGGUGCGGAUACGUAGGAGGUCACAUAAACGCAACCCACGAUCCUGAACUGUACGAGCAACACGCAACGAAGGCGGUACGUAUGAGCCGUGCAAAACGAGCUACCUCGUCGAAGAUCCUUGGCCCGUACAACGCCAACAAGCACUCGAGCUACGUCGAGCUGGUGAUCGUAGUCGACAACAAGAUGUUCAAGACGAUGCGCGAAAACUUCAAGACCGUCCAGCUGUACUGCAAGGACAUUACGAACAUCAUCAAUGCGCUGUACGAGCCGCUGAACAUCUUCGUUGGGCUGGUGGGUGUGGUCGUAUGGAACGAGGGUGACGAGAUCGAGCUGUCGAAGGACGGUGAGGUGACGCUGAAGAACUUCCUGCACUACCGCAAGAAAACGCUGGUCAAGGAUCACCCGAACGACAACGCGCAGCUAUUCACGAAGGAGCACUUCGAAGGUGGCGUCGUCGGCAAGGCACUAAAGGGUCCAAUCUGCACGUACGAGUUCUCGGGAGGUGUUGAGAUGUAUCACAGUGAGAUCAUCGGCGUGCAGGCAACAACGGUGGCACAUGAGAUGGGUCAUAAUUUCGGCAUGGAGCAUGACACGGCCGACUGCGAAUGUCCCGAGGAGCGCUGUAUCAUGUCCGCGUCCAGCUCGUCGAUCGCGCCAAAGCACUGGAGCCGCUGCAGUAUCGAUCAGCUGAGCCUUGCGUUUAAUCACGGCAUGAACUACUGCCUGAUGAACAAACCGGACAGUCUGUUCGAUUCACCGGUCUGCGGCAAUGGAUUCGUCGAGGCCGGCGAACAGUGCGAUUGUGGGCUCCCGGAUUACUGUGACAAUUCAUGUUGCGAUCCGCGCACUUGCAUGUUGCUCUCGAACGCGUCUUGUGCGACAGGCGAGUGUUGUGACCUGCGGACGUGCAAACCGAAAUCCGGUGGAACUGUGUGCCGACCGGCAGAUGGCGAGUGUGACCUGCCGGAGUACUGUUCCGGCGAGGGCGAAUAUUGCCCGGUGGAUGUGUUCAAACGCGACACGGAAAGCUGCGAUGGUGGUAAGGCGUUUUGUUACCGUGGCACUUGCCGCUCCCAGAACGACCAAUGCCGGUUGCUGUGGGGUCCCACGGGCAAGUCGUCGGAGCAGUGUUACGUGAAGAACGAGGAUGGCAGUCGACACGGCAAUUGCGGCUACAACCGCGUCAAGAACGAGUACGUCAAGUGCGACGAGGCGGAUGUUCACUGCGGAAUGCUGCACUGUCGGCAUCUGAACGAGCGGCUCGAGUUCGGCAUGGAAUCGGUGGCAAUACUGUCGCACAGCUUCAUGACGUACAACGGCAGUGUAAUUCCGUGUCGAACUGCGAUCGUAGACUUAGGGCUGCAGAAGGUUGAUCCGGGUUUGACGCCGGACGGGGCCAAGUGCGGCGAGGGCAAGAUGUGUCUCAACCAGAUGUGCAUGUCGGUGGAAAAACUGCGAGCCGCCGGUAAGGGUGCAGCCUGUCCGGAAAACUGCAACGGCAAUGGCGUGUGCAACAGCGAGGGCCACUGUCAUUGCGAGGCCAAGUUCGCACCACCACUGUGCAAUUUCCCCGGACACGGUGGCUCCAUCGAUAGCGGACCGGCAACCGACCCAAAUGGUACUGCCGGAUUCCGUCGGAUGAUGUACAUAUUUUUCCUCGGCGUGGUGCCAGCCUGCACCAUCUUCGCCCUGCUUGUGUACUAUAUGCGCCAAGGACACAGUUUCUUCGGCAAGCGCAAACCACCACCGAACGCAUUGACUACUCACAUCAAACCAGACAGCUCGCAUUCGGCCAACUCAACCCACACAAUGCUGCCAUCCUCACCGAACUCACCGGAUUCGGACAUGAAUGCGGCCUUGCUGCGACCCUCGACAACGGUCGGUGGUACUGUGGCCGCUAACGAGUCAGACUUUGUCGCCAACAACAACAUGUUCGGUAAAUUCAAAGGAUUCACCCUGCAACCCCUUCCUCAGUCCACGGCCGGCGGCGGUCCGGGUGUUCACAAAAAGACCCCAAAGGUGGCGUUCGUGCAACCAGUUGCCAAGUGCAGCGAGGACACGAUCAGCAGCGCCGUCCCGGCCCGUGCUGCCCCUCCCGUACCCGUACCGCUAAAAGCGCUAGCUCGUGAUAACACGACGUAUAAUAAACCGGCAGGUAACGGCGGCCCGUUCCCACACGCCCAAGUAAAUGGGUGCAAGCUGGCGAACCACGAGCAUCAGUUGGACAAGUCAGCGGCGCCCGCGCUGCCACCGCUGAAUCCUGGCUCGACGGGACGGCCCAUCAUUUCCAGCCCGAUACUGGAGUCGUCCACCUCGCGCGAGCUGGUGGUGGCCGGUGCCACACAGAAGACGGCGACCGUUCCGAUCCGGCCGGCUCCGUCGCUGCCCCCACUGGAAGCGGUCACCAACGAGGCGGGUUCCAUCGGUGUGCCGUCGGAAACGUCGAGUACACUGUCCGCGGAGGUGCUGAUCAAUCCGGUCAGCAAGGACAAGAAAGUGAAGGAAAGCAAGCUCAACCGUAUCACGUCGUAUCUGAAGAAGGAGGAAAAACCACCCAAACCGGAACCGAAGCAGCUGCGAGUGAUCGACAGGGAACGGUUGCGUACUAUCGCCAUCUCGGCGCCGAUUCCGAUCGAGCAGAACAAUCUCGAGCUGGCCAAGAGCAUGCCUCGGCUAGCUGAUCCGGCCGCGAUGGAUGACGAGAAGCAACCUGUGGGUCAGGCGAUCGGUGGCACGGCGCAAGUACAACGUGCCAAGAGUAUGCGAGAUCCGGAUUCGGCCAACGGGCUCACAAAGGGUCCAGGAACUGCUGCUUUGAAGCGUCCUCAGAGCAUGGUCGGGACGCGCCCAACGAUCCCUCCACCGAGACCGCCCGUUCCGGUGGCCUCUGGGAGUACAGAGAUGGGAGCGAUGAAGAUUCCCGGUGUUCCAGGUUAUCAAAAUCCGCCACCACCGAAAUCGAUCAAAAUCGUUGCGCCCCACGAGUAUGACGACUGCUGGGAUGGAACGAACACUGGCCACCCGUCGCUGGCGGCGGAUAACAUCUACGCCGUGAUCGACGAAUCGCCCUCACCUCCAGGUAUCCUUUCGCCGCCCGCGAUCUCCUCCGGCGGCAGCUCGGAGAGCAUGGGCCUGCUUGGGGAGAUUGUGAACGAGAUCGAAAGCCGCAAUGGCGACUCGGUGUACAUUGCGUCGACUUUACGCCGUGGUGACGGAAGCAGCCGGAAGUCCUCCUCCACAACGGCAGCUCUGGCCUCACCUGAGCUCGAGGACGAUGAACCUACGUACGUCAACACGUCCGAGAUAAUCGAUGAUGACGAUGACUUCGAUGCGACUGAAGACGACGACGAUGACGAGCUGGAAGUCGAUGAUCAGGCUUCGAAUCGUAACUCCGGCCAAAGUACGACCUCGAGCGGGUACCUGCGGCCGUCGGCGAUCAACAGCACUCCGAUCGCACGGAUAGCCCCGUCCACGAACGGUGUGCCGGCCGAGAAGCCAAAGGCACCUACUGCGACCGUUCCUAGUCUCAGCAGUUUUAAAUCGGCCGCCCCAUCGAAUGACAACCGAACUGGUGUCUUAGGGGGCAGUGUGCUGAGCCAGCUCAAGUUCCAAGGUCCAACGGCGAAGCAAGACGCGCCCAAGAAGGUCAACUCCACGACGGCGGCCACAACGAACGGUGGUGGGUCCUCGUAUAAACCUUACCACAGUGUCCUGACAAACAACGCCCGUGCCGGUUCGGUGGUGACCGCAGCGAAAGCAAAGAUUGCAUCUGAAAAGUCUGCCGCUUCCGGAACGGCAGCCUCAAUCACAACCGCCACCGCCAAAAAGCUGCCUUCACAAGCGACCACGUCCGUCCGUACGCGUACACCGUCGCCCCGUGGGAGCGUGGCCAAUGGUUCGCUCCCGAACGGUACCGUCCCCGGAAAACCGGCCCCAAGUCCGGCUGGUGUGAAGCCAAAAACGGCCGCGAAACCGACGACAACCACCGCCAGCAAUGGGAAGCUGCUCACGGCGGCCGCCCGACCCGGUCCCGGUAAGGUGUCAAACGUGGCAUCGUUGCAGCAAAAGUUCGAGGGACGCAAGUAAUCGCCCGAUCACGGAAGAGUCCUUACGCAGUGGCCGCCUUUUUUGUUUAAGGCAGUGCCGGUUGCGAUAGCGUGGUACGUGGGAAGUAAGCCACUGCCGUGAGUAUAGAUUGUUUUAAUUUACUUUUAGUAGCAUUUUGACAGAUCGGUGACGUAACGAUCGCUUGCUUUCGUGCGAAAUCGCAUUGGAAUA